UCUAAAAUUAUGGACCCCCGUACCAGUGCCCAGGACGUGAUGCGAUGUGACCUGUGUGAGACCACUGUGGUACAAAUGUACUGUGAUACAUGUCUUGUCACCCUGUGUAAGGCCUGUGUGGGAGAACACAUGAUCUCUGAUGAAUCAAAAAAACAUGAAGUUGUCUCAUUCAAGCUUCGAAAAUCCACUCCCCUCUACCCUGGAUGUAAAUCUCAUGUCAAAGAACGAUGUGAAAUGUACUGUAAUCAAUGUGACAUUCCUGUCUGUGUCAACUGCCUUGAAUCUAAUCAACAUUUGGGUCAUGGAUUAUCUAAAAUCUUGCGAGUUCUGAAUGAAAAGAAAGACACAGUUUCAAAAGAGAAAAUUGAACUAAAUGAGACAAUCUAUCCCACCUACCAGGACAUUGCCUCUGAUGUACAAAACAGAAUGAGUCAGUUAGAAAAGGAAUAUGGAGAUCUCUCAACAGCCAUAACAAAACAUGGAGAGGACUGGCACAGAGAAAUUGACAAACUUGUCCAGAAACUUAAAGCUGAAGUUGAUGAGAUGAAAAACACACAUUUACAAACUCUACAGAAACAUCUGGAUGAAAUAAACAAGACAAUGGCUGACAUCAAGGAUGAAAUCAAUUCAUUGGAAACCGCAAUAGAUGCUAAUGACAUUUCAAAGCUCUUUUGUGUUACAUCUAAUGUACAUGUAUACAGAAAUCUUCCUCCCAGAAUUAUGUUAUCUUUACCUAAAUUCAGUCCUGGAAAAAGUGGAGAAGAAGAACUGAGUAGACUAUUUGGAACCGUAUCAUCAAGUUCUUCAACUUUAGAUAAACAUGGCAAGAGUAUGAAGACAACACAAAAAUCACCAGAAGCUGGAUCCUCUCCUCCAGUCAAACAGCUGAUUGAUGAACCAGAGACUGUCACCGCGAUAGACACUUGGUAUAGAAGCCUUUACAAUGUGGCCUGUCUGAGUGAUGAAGAAAUCUGGACAAGUGGAUAUGACAUCACCAUGAAACUCUACAGCAUCAAUCAGAGAUCAGUACUCAAGUCAAUCACAACCAAGUCAGGGAAAUGGCCAACUGACAUAGCAGUGACAAAAAGUGGAGAUCUAGUUUAUACUGAUUACAAUGAUAGAACUGUGAAUAUUGUGAAGAAUGAGAAGAUAGAGGAGGUGAUCAGAUUACAGAACUGGAGACCUCGUGGUGUCUGUAGUACCUCCUCUGGUGACCUCCUGGUUAUCAUCUACAGUAAUGAUAAAAAACAAACAAAAGUUGUCCGUUACUCUGGCUCCACAGAGAAACAAACCAUUGAGUUUGAUGAUAAAGGUAAUCCUCUCUAUUCACCUGGUACCAGAUACAUAACUGAGAACUGGAACCUGGAUAUCUGUGUGUCGGACAAUAAAGCUAAAGCAGUAGUGGUGGUCAAUCAGGCCGGGAAACUGAGAUUCAGGUACAUGUACACUGGAGAAACUCCCGCUCCAAAGAACAAACCAUUCAAUCCACGAGGAAUCACUACAGACAGUCAGAGUCACAUCCUUACAGCUGAUUAUAAGAAUGACUGUGUCCACAUCAUAGACCAGGAUGGACUGUUCCUCCGUUACAUACAAUGUGGACUGAGUGAUCCAUGGGGACUGUGUGUAGAUACAAAUGACAAUCUGUUUGUUGCUCUAAGAUAUAUCAAUAAGAUAACGAAAAUCAAGUAUCUGCAGUGA